AAUAGUUCAUUCCCCCUCAAAAUCAAAUGGUAGUCUAGUGUCCAAAAGUUCAAAUAGGUUCGAAUAUCAAUAAUAUCUUCACAGCAUAUAUACUCAUUGGUUUCCUUCCCCCUCACUUAUAACCUCCAUUUUUCAUUUGUUAGAUUAUGAGAGUGUUAGUAAACUGACAAUAUAGCAAUACAGAAAUGGCUGCAGCAAUGCCAAUGCUAACGUCGACGUCUUACAUCAAAGACCUACCUGAAACUGUAAAUGACCUCACUAAAUGUCCAAUAUGUCUAGACACUCUAAAAGUACCGAAAUAUUUUACAUGCCUGCACACUUUCUGUUCAUCUUGCAUUCAUACUUGUAUUGAACAUUUAUUCAAAGACCACAUUCCGAGAAGCAUAGCAUGCCCAGUCUGUAGAACCAAAAUAAAGGUUUCGGAUAAAACUCGAAAUGCAGAAGAAUUUUCUGGUAAAUUGCCAAUCAACCACAUAAUACUGAGUCUAAUAGAUGCACAGAAAAUGGUAAAGGGAAAAUCAAUUUGUGGACCAUGUAAAAAGCUUCGUGGUAAUAAAGUAACAGAGGCGAAAGUAUUUUGUGUCGAAUGUAGAGAAGCUUUCUGUAAUUCAUGCUCUAAGUAUCACAAAGCCUUCAGUGCUUUUAUUGACCAUGAACUUGCAGACAUCGGUAAAGUUUCCAAUGUUCAUUUAAAGAUUGGUUCACAAUACACUACAUGUAACGAACACAUGAAAAAAAUUGAGGUUUAUUGUAAUGAUCAUCAGAAGCCUUGCUGCUUACAUUGUGUUACAUUAGAGCAUCGUAAAUGUAAUGAGGUUGUGGCCAUUGAUGAGGCAGCAAAGAAACUCAGAGACAGUGAUGCAUACUUGAAUCUUAUGAAUGCAUUUAGCACAUUGACAAGAACUUUUAACAAAGCUGUAGAAGAACGAGAAGAAUUAUUGUUUGUAGGUGAAAGGGAAGAAAAGGAGGGGAAAGAGAAAAUUAAGACAAUAAGAAAGAAUAUUGAAAAACUGGUAUUGAAAUUAGAGCAAGAAUGUUUGGAUCAGUGGUCAAUUAGUUGUAGGGAUAAUCAAUUAGUUUUAAGUGAAAGCAUUAAAAAUUUUAACGAAAAGACAAAAAUGGUCCUUCACUGCCAGAAUAUGUUGAAGGCAGGGCUGCAAUGUAAUUCAGACAUACAGUUAUUGUAUGAUUAUAACAACAUGAAAGCUCAGAAAGAAGAACUAGAAAGUUUUCUGCAGGUAAAUGAUCAGCAGAAGUAUUCUAAAUUUAAAUUUGAAAUCAAUGAAGCAAUGGAAAAUAUGACAGAUCAAAUCACCAGGCUUGGAAAUGUAGUUAUCUGUGAAGCUACAUUAAUUACUAGUAACAGUUCAUUACUUGAUUGCUCAAUUAGGCCUCUUCAAGAUUUGGAUCUACAUGAACAUUCAUUCUAUAAAAAGGAAGCAAAAUUUAGUGGAGUAACAUGCCAUGAUGACAUGAUCCUUCUUGUAGAUCGUUACAAAUACUGGUUGUAUAUAAUAUUUAGUGAUGAAACUGAUGAAAUGUAUUAUGGAAGGGUAAAAUUAUCCGUUCAAGAUGCUUUAUCAUUUUCUAUUCCCUGGGAUGUAAGUGGAACCCUGAAAGGUAGAUGUGUUGUAUCCUUUCCAGAAAGCAGUGUACUAGCAGAUAUCUGCAUCAACUCGUGCACCAUUAAUCGAUGGAUACAGAUCAACAGCCCACAAAUUGGAAUAUCAUUUUACAGCAAUAGUAUUGUAUCCUGUCAUAGAUAUGAUGGCAAGUCUGAUGAUGCAGUCACAAUUUUUGACAUGAAUGGUAAUGUGAUUCGAGAGCAUAAACCUGGAUGUAAACCAAACUAUCUUUGUAUAGAUAAUGUCGGAAGAAUCUUUUAUAAUGAUCGUGAUGAGAACAAGCUUAUUUGUAUGACAUACAAUUUUGAAGAAGUCUUUACAUAUAAGCAUGAACAGCUGAGUGGUAUUGCAGGCCUCACAACAGAUACAGAAGGAAAUAUUUAUGUAGCUGGGUUUAAUUCAAACAACGUCCAUCAACUAUCACCAUCAGGUCAACUCAACAAGAUAAUUCUUACUGAAGCACAUGACAUUAUUAAUCCAUUAGGAAUAAGUUUUAAGAAAGAUGCAGACAUUUUGAUUGUGCUGAAUGACAGUGGUAGCCGAGUCAGCAUGUAUGAAAUGUAUUGACUCACAAACACAUAUUAUGUAAAUUAUACAAUCGUGACAGUAUGACUCACAAACACAUAAUGUUAUAGUUGGGACAGUUUGACUCACAAACACAACUAUUUUGUAAAUUAUUCAGUCAGGACAGUUUGAACCACAAACGCAUACAAUUUGUGAAUUUUUGUCAGGACAGUUCUUAUCUUUUAAUUAAGCAAAUCCAAAUUAUAUUAGAUGUGUGUAUUAGGAUCAAUAAAAUUUGGACCAUGCAUGAAGGUCAGGUAUUUAAAAGAUAUAAUGAUUUGUUUGCUUUUAGGACAUCUGUUGAAUUGCCCUAUCUGUGUAGUUU